AGCAGCAGCAGCAGCAGCCCUACCAGUACCAGCCCCCAGGAAAGAAUGCUCCUAGCAACAUUUAAGCUGUGUGCUGGGAGCUCCUACCGACAUGUGCGCAACAUGAAGGGACUGCGGCAGCAAGCUAUGCGGGCCAUUGGCCAGGAGCUGAACCGGAGGGCGCUGGGAGGCCCGACUCCCAGUGAGUGGAUUAACCAGGUCCGGCGUCGGAGCUCUCUACUCGGUUCUCGACUGGAAGACACUCUCUAUAGUGACCAGGAGUUGGCCUAUAUCCACCAGGGAGAGGAGGCUAUGCAAAAGGCCCUGGGCAUCCUCAGCAGCCAGGAGGGCUGGAAGAAGGAGGACCAGAAGGCCAAUGGGGACAAAGUGCUGAGCAAAGUGGUCCCAGACGUGGGCAAGGUAUUCCGGCUGGAGGUGGUGGUGGACCAGCCCGUGGAGAGGCUCUAUGAAGAGCUUGUGGAACGCAUGGAGGUGAUGGGAGAGUGGAACCCGAAUGUCAAGGAGAUCAAGGUCCUGCAGAAGAUUGGGAAAGACACGGUGAUCACUCACGAGUUGGCUGCGGAAUCAGCAGGAAACCUCGUGGGGCCCCGUGACUUCGUGAGUGUGCGCUGCGCCAAGCGCCGAGGCUCCACCUGUGUGCUGGCUGGCAUGGCCACACGUUUCGGGGAGAUGCCGGAGCAGAAAGGCGUCAUCAGAGCUGAACACGGUCCCACCUGCAUGGUACUCCGUCCCCUGACUGGGAGUCCCUCAAAGACCAAACUCACCUGGCUGCUCAGCAUUGACCUGAAGGGAUGGCUGCCAAAGACUAUCAUCAAUCAGGUCCUAUCGCAGACCCAGAUAGACUUUGCCAACCACCUGCGCAAGCACCUGGAGUCCAGUCCUCCUGAAGCCAGGUGUUGAAGACCAGCCUGCUGCUUCCAGCUGUUCUAGCUGCACUGUCUUGCAUGCUCAUCAGGAAAAUCCCUCCCAGAAGCCUACAAGGCUGCUUGAGAUCUUCAUCUGGGGACAGUGGGUUGGGGUGGCAAUGUAUUUACAUUGUGAUAGUAGGACUCAGAUUGGUCCAAUUUUAGCACCAAGAAAAUAGGGAUGGGGCUUUUAUACAAAGAUGAGCCUUCUAACUUCAUUCACCACUUAGCUGUGAAAUGAAGGUCAAGGUUCCCAAAUAUCUGUAAAACUUUUCUCUGGGCCUUUACAUGUCUACCUAAAAACAUCUCAAAAUGCUAGUAGCCGAGAGAAGGUGCAGAGAGGAUGCUAAAUACAAGGAUUGGGACCCUCAUGCUUCAUGGGCUUGAGAGCUCCUCUCCCUGCAGGUGGUGGGUGUGGGCAUAGCAGGGUCUUACAGCAGGGGCUCCAGCAACUCUCUGCCCCUCCACCAAGUACACAGAGAGCUGCACCAAAGUGCAGGCUACUGCCCAGCAGGGGCUUUCCAGAGACCUAGUUCAAGUCUUCCCGAUGAAAGAAAACAGAACCGUUAGGCUGGUUCCCUUACUUCUUCCAUGAGCACUAGUCAGAAUAAAGAAUCAUGACAGAUACAAGAACUUCGGUCUGUACCUGUUUUAAAGUUCUACUCUGAAGAAAUCUUUCAUUAAACUGCAACUUCAUACUAAAGCUUUGAAUCCUAGACAAAAAAUCUUAAUUAAAUUUAAAUUCCCCAAGCUCGUUAAAAGUAAAAACUACUGGGGACUUAUGUCAUUUAAUUAUUUAGAAUUUGUUAUCAGAACCUUUCACAAAAACUUAAUUUCCAUGCUAGGCACAAGCCUACACUUUAAGAAUUCUGUAACUGGUAGCUGAUUAAUGGGUAUUGUAUGAUGAAGAUUAUGCCUGAGGAUUUUUAUUUAGUUAAUUAUAAGAAAGGAGAGUGUAACUUGGGGUGGUGAACAUACUAUACCAUAUACAGAUUUUAUAGAAUUGUACACCUGAAACCUAUAUCAUUUUAUUAACCAAUAUCUGCCUAAUAAAUUCAAUAAAAAGAAUAGUGCCAAUACCAAUGAAUGAACAAUAUUACUAAGAUAAAGUUAAAAACAAACUGUUUUCCCACCAGUGACUGUUUAAAUCUAACAAGGCAACUGACUCUGUACUUCAGUCUGUUUAUCACACCAGCUCUCAGCCUGCCUGAGGCCCGCCAGUCUCUCUGCUCUAGGUCAAUGUUUUACUGCUGUGACAGAUGGUUGGAACAAGGGGUACUCUGGUGAUAGCAAAUUCCCUUUCCAAGAUUUAGAGAAUUUACGUUUUAAAAAUAUAAAUUGGGAUGGGAUUAAUUUGCUAAAAUGUGUACCACUUGAAGCUUUUCCAUUCUAGUGCUAAUAGAUUGUUGAUGUAUACCAUUUGGAAAUAGAGCUCUAUUUUAUUUAUUCAACAAGUUAGCAGCAGCAGACAUUCUGGUAUUUAUUGAGGCACUGAAAUUUUACAGGUAGAGAUAUUUAUUGUUAUUUAUUCUGAUUGUUUCUUAAUCUAUUUUUGGCAUAGAUGAAAUUAUGGCUUAUCUGUCCAGGAGCUUCAGAGUGUGAGAGUGUAAUUGAAGAAGUAUUUCUAGAACAGAAUUAUCAUCUAUUCCCAGCGAGGAGAAACUGAUUAUGUGUUUAAAGAUGUGUAGAGCAAUAUACACUCUAGUUUCAAAAGAAAACAGGAUGAUAAUAAAGAAAUGGGCUUUCAACACACAACACAGUUUUGAGUUUGAUUGUAAUUUACAUUCUCGAAACUACACAACCACA